CUUAAUGCCAACUGGAAGAAGAUCUGAAGUAUGCAAAAACAGGGUAAAGAGUGAUGGCCACUAAAGAAGUCAGUAUACCCAGCCUAAGCCACAUGCUAUGAGAAAACUAAACCAAAUCCAUGCGCUGCUCAUCAAAAAUCCAAAACCCCAAGUUUUAAACCCCUGGCUUGGAUUUCUGACAAAUUCUUCAGCACCACAAAAUGCCCUUCUUCUUUAUAACCAAAUGCUCCACCACCCAACUUCCCAUAACCACUACACAUUUACUUAUGCUCUUAAGGCAUGCUGCUUGCUCCAUUCACCUCAUAAAGGCCAAGAAAUCCAAGCCCACGUCACAAAAUCUGGUCACAUAUCUGAUACCUUCAUCCAAAACUCCUUGCUCCAUUUCUACGUAAUCCAAUCUGACAUUGUUUCUGCUGCCCAUGUUUUUGAUUCGAUACCUUUACCGGAUGUUGUUUCCUGGACUUCAAUGAUUUCGGGUCUUGCCAAGUGUGGGUUUGUGGACGAAGCAAUUGUGAAGUUUGUGUCCAUGGACGUAAAGCCUAAUCCUACUACUCUUGUGACUGUGUUGUCUUCGUGUUCUACUUUAAGAGCUGUCAAGUUUGGUAAAGCUGUUCAUGGCCAUUGUUUGAGGAACUUUCAUGAAAGUAAUUUGAUUUUGGACAAUGCCGUUUUGGAUUUCUAUCUGAGAUGUGGAUCUUUGGCUAGUGCAAGAUAUCUGUUUGUCAACAUGCCCAAGAGAGAUGUCAUUUCUUGGACUAGCAUGGUGGGUGGUUAUGCACAAAGAGGUUUUUGUGAAGAGGCAGUGAAACUUUUCCAACAGAUGGUGCUGGGCGGGGAAGCUGAGCCUAAUGAGGCUACCAUUGUGAAUGUAUUGUCAGCAUGUUCUUCGAUUUGUGCAUUGAGUUCAGGCCAGCAUGUGCAUUUCUAUAUCAGUACUCGACGAGAUCUCAUGGCAAAUGUCAAUGUGGGAAAUGCCUUGAUGAACAUGUAUGUCAAGUGUGGAAAUUUGGGUAUGGCUAUUUCGGUUUUUAAGGCCCUGGAGUGCAAAGAUAUCAUUUCAUGGACUACUAUAAUAAGUGGCAUGGCCAUGAAUGGCCAUGGCAUCCAUGUGUUGCAGCUCUUUUCCAGUAUGCUAGUUAAUGGGGUUUCUCCUGAUGGGGUAACCUUCCUUGGGUUGUUAACAGCAUGCAGUCAUGCUGGCCUGGUAGAUCAAGGGUUUAUGUUCUUUGAUGUAAUGAAGAAAAUUUACCGGAUUGUCCCUCAAACACAGCAUUAUGCGUGUCUGGUUGAUAUGUAUGGUCGAGCUGGCCUUUUAGAGGAAGCAGAGGCUCUUAUUAAAGAAUUGCCAAUGGAAGCUGAUGGUCCUGUUUGGGGGGCACUGCUUAAUGCGUGCAAAAUUCAUGGGAAUGAGGAGAUGGUUGAGAGGAUCAAAGAAGGCCUCCACAAUAGUGCACAAGUGAGCAUUGGAACUUAUGCGCUGUUAUCAAAUGCUUAUGCUAAACAUGAUAGGUGGGAUGAUUCUAAUAAGGUUCGCGAUGAAAUGAGAGAGAUGGGGUUGAAGACACCACCUGGGUGUAGUUGGAUUGAGAUUGGUCACUCGAUCUAAUAUAUACAUAAGUGAUCAAGGAGAAGGAUAAAGCAGCCAAUGAGAUGUCCUAGAUGACUGCGGCGUCAAGGGGAAGAAGAAAUUGCACGAAUGUUCUGAGUAGAGAUUUGAGAGAAUUGAAUACAAGCUUGUAUAUUCCAGAUAUAAGGAGGUUUUGCUGACUAAAAGACUCCU